UAUUUGUCGAGAGCGGACACACAUUUCGACCUACUUUAAAUUAAUCGCAAUUUCAAAAAACAAAAAAAAAACUUAAAAUGAGUUGUCCCAUAGGAGACCAACAUUAUGGUAAUGCACAAAAUGGCGAACAUCUGGGUUCUGAAGCUGGAAUGUUAUAUGGAGAAUAUCUUAUGUUAGAUAAAGUUUUAACAUCCCAACGGAUGCUCUCCGCUGAAGGAAAACAACCUGUGCACGAUGAGCAUUUAUUUAUUGUAACUCAUCAAACAUACGAAUUAUGGUUCAAACAAAUAAUUUUCGAGCUAGAUUCAAUUAGAAAUUUGUUCAAUGUGGAAGUGAUCGAGGAGUCACGCACUUUGGAAAUUUUGAAACGUUUGAAUCGUAUCAACAUGAUCUUAAAACUCUUGGUCGAUCAAGUUCCAAUACUUGAAACAAUGACUCCUCUGGACUUUAUGGAUUUCCGGAACUACUUAGCACCUGCAUCGGGAUUCCAAAGUUUGCAGUUCCGCCUUCUUGAAAACAAAUUGGGAGUCAAAACGGAACAUCGUGUGAAAUAUAAUCAAAGUUAUCAUCAAGUAUUUGGAACGGAUGAAAAUGCAUGCCGUUUAUUGGAAAAGUCUGAAACUGAGCCUAGCUUGUCUGACCUGGUUCAAAAGUGGCUCGAACGGACUCCUGGCUUAGAAGAAGAUGGUUUCAAUUUUUGGGGAAAGUUCCAAGAAUCUACUGAACAAUUGUUAAAAGAACGUGAGGAAAGUGCAAUGAAUGAGCCACAUGAACAUGUACGAAACUACCGAUUGAUGGAUAUUGGAAAGCGACGUGAAGUGUACAAAUCUAUAUUUGAUCCCGAGGCUCACAACGCUCUUGUCUCUCGAGGUGAACGUCGAUUUUCACACAAAGCUUUGCAAGGUGCUAUCAUGAUUACGUUUUAUCGGGAUGAACCAAGAUUUAGUCAACCACAUCAGCUUUUAACAUUGCUAAUGGACACAGAUUCUCUCAUGACAAAAUGGCGUUACAACCAUGUGCAGAUGGUACAGAGAAUGAUCGGAAGUCAACAAUUAGGAACUGGUGGCUCAUCAGGUUAUUUAUAUUUGAGAUCAACUUUAAGUGAUCGUUACAAGGUAUUUCUUGACUUAUUCAAUCUGUCAACUUUCCUUAUUCCACGUGAAAAUAUGCCACCACUGACAAUGGACAUGCGAAAAAUGUUAAACUUAGGCUGGGGAAAUACGGUGGUCGAGUCUUCAGCCAAUGGUAAAAAUAAAUAAUUCAAAAUGAAAAUGAUACAGAGUUGUAUCCCUUAAAAUGAAAUAAUAAAUAAAGCCUGUUUCAACAAAAAAAAAACAAGCA